AUCUAUCCCAAAGGUUUGAUUUUUUUCCUCCAACUUGCAAAAUGUUAAACCUUAAACCUUAAACCUUAGCUUCUCUGUUUUGAAAUCUGUAUCACGGCCCAAGUAUGAAGCAUCUUCUUCUUCUUCGUCUUGUUCUUCCAAAGCCAAAUUACAUUCUCAGAAGGAGCUUCCUUUUCCACUCCGGCAAGACCACACCAUCGCCGUUGGACCCUUACGACACUCUGCAGCGUCGGGUCGCGAGAUCCGGAGAUCCCUCUGCUUCGAUUAUCAAAGUGUUGGAUGGAUGGCUUGAUCAAGGGAAUCUGGUUAAGACUUCGGAGCUCCAUAGCAUCAUCAAGAUGCUUCGAAAGUUCAGCCGUUUCUCUCACGCUCUCCAGGUCUCUCAUUUCUGGAUUCCUCUGUUGCUUACUUUCAAAAAAAAGUUCAUCUUUUUUGUUGUUGUUACUCUGUGAUAAUACGAAUCCAAAUCUUAAAAAUGGUAUCUUUUCUCUUCUUGUUGUUAUUGUGAUGAUGUUAGAUAUCAGAUUGGAUGAGUGAGCAUAGAGUUCAUGAGAUCUCUGAAGGAGAUGUUGCGAUUCGGCUUGAUUUGAUUGCUAAAGUUGGUGGUUUGGGAGAAGCAGAGAAGUUUUUCGAAACUAUUCCUAUGGAGAGGAGGAACUACCAUCUCUACGGUGCUCUCUUGAACUGCUAUGCGAGCAAGAAGGUGUUGCACAAAGCUGAGCAAGUGUUUCAGGAGAUGAAAGAGCUUGGCUUCCUUAAAGGUUGUCUUCCCUACAAUGUGAUGCUGAAUCUCUAUGUCCGGACUGGGAAAUACACAAUGGUUGAGAAGCUGCUGCGCGAAAUGGAGGAUGAGACUGUGAAGCCAGACAUCUUCACAGUGAACACGCGGUUGCAUGCUUAUUCGGUUGUAUCUGAUGUAGAGGGGAUGGAGAAGUUUCUUAUGCGUUGUGAGGCUGACCAGGGGCUUCAUUUGGACUGGCGCACUUACGCCGAUACAGCGAAUGGCUACAUAAAGGCUGGAUUAACUGAAAAGGCUCUAGAGAUGCUGCGUAAAUCAGAGCAGAUGGUGAAUGCUCAGAAAAGAAAGCAUGCCUAUGAGGUUCUCAUGUCAUUCUAUGGAGCUGCAGGUAAGAAAGAAGAGGUGUACCGUCUCUGGAGCUUGUACAAGGAGCUGGACGGGUUCUACAACACUGGAUACAUAAGCGUGAUCAGUGCACUCUUGAAGAUGGAUGACAUAGAGGAGGUGGAGAAAAUUAUGGAAGAGUGGGAAGCUGGACACUCCCUUUUCGAUAUUCGGAUCCCACACUUGUUAAUAACGGGUUACUGCAAGAAAGGAAUGAUGGAGAAGGCAGAGGAAGUAGUAAAUAUAUUGGUCCAGAAGUGGAGAGUGGAGGAUACAAGCACAUGGGAGCGUUUAGCUCUUGGGUACAAGAUGGCGGGUAAAAUGGAGAAGGCGGUGGAGAAAUGGAAGAGAGCAAUAGAGGUGAGCAAGCCAGGGUGGAGACCACACCAGGUUGUGCUGAUGAGCUGUGUGGAUUAUCUGGAGGGUCAAAGAGACAUGGAGGGUUUGAGAAAGAUUUUGAGACUGUUAAGCGAGCGAGGACACAUUUCAUACGAUCAGCUACUGUACGACAUGAACGGUGCUGGACUGAGUUGGAAGAUAGUCGAUGCAAUGGGAAAAGGUCGAUACGUUGAGGAAAGAGAAGUACGAAUCUAGAAAGUGACACAUUCCAAACAAUGAAGUCUUAUAACCAUUUGGAUAAAUGCAAGUUCGUUUCAUCCACAAGCAUUUUUUGGGCUUAAGCUUGUCUUAAAUGAGUUAACUAAUAAUAGAUUAAU